CGCAGAACGUGUAAGACGUAUGUGUAUCGUGCUGUUCUUUUCAUAUUUGAGUGUAUAUCCUUGCAAUAUCCGAUUUGAAUCCUGUGUCAGUUAUUUGCAGUUACAUUUAAGAUACUUAAUAUUGAAGAAAAAAUAAGGAAUUAAGCACAGGAAUAAGAAAAAUUAAGCAUAAAAAAUUGGUUAUUAUUUGAUAGUGUUAGUGUUAAGCCAAUCAAUUAUUCAACCUGCUUGAAUUUAACUGAUAAGAUUUAAAGCUAUACGAAAGAACUGAAAAGGAUUACAACAAGGAAGCAAUUCAUCUCAAGGAAUACUGUCAAUUAAUAUAAUAAGCAGCUCGUGCAAGCGACAAUUUUAAGAUCUGCAUUGUGACUUAUGUUUUAUGAUGAAAAUUAAUUUCGGCAACGAGCGAACAUAAGAAUUUAAUUAAAAAUUUUUACAAAGUCAGCAAGAUGAGGUGCUCAUGGCAUCGGUCGAUGUCAUUUGGCACGUUACUGCUGCUUCUUCUUUCAUGCAUAUCGUUGACAUUAUCACAAAUUCUUUCGAAUGAUGUUAAUCGCUAUAAUACAGACAGGAAUGAGAGGAACUACGAUCAAAUUUCAACGCUACCGUAUCGAGCGAAUGUAAACGACGAUCUCGACCAAAAGACGCCAAAUUAUCGAGAAUCAUUUGGAAAUUCAAUAGAUAAUAAUCCAUUUAGUUCAGGGCGUGACUUUGAUCAGCGGCAGUCUGUAAGAGAGCGUGAACGUGAACGAGAGAGAGAAAGAGACAGGAAUAAACCAAGAAAUCGCGAUAGAACAAAUAUUGGAACAUCUUAUGCUAGAAAUCCUCUUAUAGAUCAGAGUCUUAAUAAUCCACUCAUACAUGAUGCAACAUACUUUGUUAUUGCAUCGAAAAUGGUUCGACCAAAUCAAAUUUAUCGCGUGUACGUUUCCGUCUUUAUUGAAAGUGAAGAUCCAAUUACCGUCCGAGCAUCAAUCUCACGUGAUGGAGUUGAAAUGGGUUCUGAUUCUCAAAUUAUCAAGACUGGUGAACCGGAAACACUUUUAAUGAAAGUACCUCCAACAACAGUACCUGGCGAAUAUAAAUUAAGAGUUGAAGGAAAAUAUGAGAAAGCAUUUGGAGGAAUUGCAUUCACGAAUGAAACAAAAUUAACAUUCUCGCAGCGAUCCAUGACUAUUUUUGUACAAACUAAUAAGCCUGUUUAUAAGCAAAAUGAUCUCAUUCAAUUCAGAGUAGUUCCAAUCACAACAGAACUUAAAGGAUUCGAUAAUGCAGUUGAUGUUUAUAUGCUGGAUCCAAAUCGUCAUAUUAUGAGACGAUGGUUGUCACGACAAUCAAAUUUGGGUACGGUUAGUUUAGAGUAUCAAUUAUCUGAUCAGCCUGUCUAUGGAGAAUGGAUUAUUCGUGUUGUAGCUCAAGGUCAGGAAGAGGAACAAAAAUUCUUAGUUGAGGAAUAUUACCAAACUAGAUUUGAAGUAAAUGUGACAAUGCCUGCAUUUUUCUUCGACACUGAUCCUUACAUGUAUGGUAAAGUUAUGGCUAAUUUUACAAAUGGAUCUCCAGUUCGAGGAAAUUUGACUUUACGUGCUAUUAUUCGGCCAAUUGGAUUCUUUAAUCCAAAAAAUAUUAAUCAACAAUUUAGAGUUUGGAAUUUAGGAUAUGAACCAGAAGAAGAUCCAAGAAAUCCAAGAUUCGAUAGCUAUAAAAGAACGAUUUACAACUACAAUACAGAGUUAUACUCAGGAAAGGCUGGAUUUAGUACCAAUAAUCCAUUCACCUACAACAACAACAAUAAUAAUAAUAAUUACAAUCCUACAAAUCCAUACUCUCCAGCUAUUGAUCAAAGUACAGAUCAGAGAUAUAUCGGAACAGGCUAUCAAGAUCAAUAUGUUGUAGAAACUCAUUACAAUUUCGAUGAAGAUUGGCCAUUCUGGAUUGACAAACCUGAAUACACAUCAUAUUCAUAUUCAGACCGAUAUGGAGAACAUUAUGGAAAUAGAUUACCGUACUUAAGAUUCUUCAAUGGAACAUUUGAUUUUAAAUAUCCAAUGCAGGAACUAAAAAACAUUGUUCCAAGUUUAGCAAAUAUGGAAAUCUUAGUGAUUGCUCGAGUCGGUGAAAAGUUUUAUGAUGAAAUUAUUGAAGGCUAUUCGAUUGCUCGUGUGUAUAAUUCAUCAAUUAAGGUAUCAUUCAUGGGAGGAUCUCCUCAAAUUAUUAAGCCAAUGAUGCCAAUGACAACAUAUAUUGUGGCUGAAUAUCAUGAUGGAUCUAAACUUCCAAUUGAGAAUUAUUAUCAAUCAGUAAUGGAAGUUUCAGGACGUGUUGAGAGUAGAAAUGGAGGUAGUCGAGAUUUUCCAUUGACAAUCCUACCAAUGAGUGGACAACCUGGAGUAUGGGAAUUGAAAAUUGAUUUAAGAAAUGAUUUGAAACUUGGUGAUGAUCGAGUCAGUAAAGAUUUCUUAAGAGAAGUUUCUCAAGUAAGACUAACUGCAAAUUACAUUGAUCCAAGGGGUGAUAGAGCACAAUCUGAGAUUCUGUUUCUCUCACAUUACUCACCACAAAAUAAUCACAUUAAAGUAACAACAAGUACAACAAAUGGACGUGUCGGUGAAUACAUCAUUUUCCAUAUAGAAAGUAAUUUCUUUAUGGAAACAUUCCAAUAUAUGCUCAUGUCUAAAGGUAUGAUUCUUUCAACUGGAAUUGAGUCGUACAAAGAUGGAGUCAAAACAAUGUCAAUAACAUUGAGUGCAGAAAUGGCACCUGUUGCAACAAUGGUUGUAUGGAAUAUUGGACAAUUCGGACAUAUAGUUGCAGACAGUAUUACUUUCCCUGUUAACGGUAUCUCAAGAAACAACUUUACAGUUUACAUCAAUAACCGAAAACAUAGAACAGGUGAAAAGGUUGAAGUAGCAAUUUAUGGAGAACCAGGAAGCUACGUCGGUAUAUCAGGUAUUGACAAUGCUUUCUAUACCAUGCAAGCUGGAAAUGAAUUGACAUAUGCUAACAUCAUAUCGAAAAUGUCGGCAUUUGAUGAAGAUACAAAUGGAACAUUCAGUCAUAGAUGGUACUCACAUGAAGGCAAUCCUGAUGAUCUAGUCUAUUAUCCAUCAUCAACUUAUGGUGUAGAUGCAAAUCGAACAUUUGAAUAUAUUGGCUUAGUCGUUUUUACAGAUGGCUUGAUUCCAAGACGUCCAGGUUAUUGUAACAUUUCUGUUGGACAGAUGGAAUGCUUAACAGGUCGUUGCUAUCCAAUAGAACAAAGAUGUGAUGGAUAUUUCAAUUGUGACGAUGGUGCUGAUGAAGCAGGCUGUGACUACCAUAAUACAACAUUACUUGCUGAGUUCCGUAAAUUUAGAUUCAGUCGAAUUCAGAGGCACUAUGAUAAUGUGUGGAUGUGGAAGGAUGUCAAUAUUGGUCCUCAUGGUCGAUAUGUAUUUACACUUGAUGUACCUGAUAUUCCAGCGCUCUGGAUGGUUUCAGCAUUUAGCAUAAGUCCUUCGCUUGGUUUUGGUAUGAUUCGUACACCGCUUGAAUAUGUUGGUUGUCAACCAUUCUAUAUUAAUGUUGAAAUGCCGACUGAAUGUAGACAAGGAGAGCAAGUUGGUAUUCGUGUAACUGUUUUCAACUACAUGACCACAGCUGUUGAAUCAACAGUUGUUUUACACGGUUCACCAGACUACAGAUUUGUCCACGUUGAAGAAGAUGGAAUUGUUGUGUCUUAUAAUCCACGUACAUCAUAUGGUGAGCAUCAAUUCUUCAUCUAUCUUGAACCACAAUCAUCAACAAUUGUUUACAUACCAAUCGUUCCCACGAGACUUGGUGAUAUUACAGUGAAAGUACAUGCAUCAACAUUGCUUGGGAGUGACAGAAUUGAAAGAGUUCUUCAUGUUGAAGCUGAUGGUCUACCACAAUAUCGUCAUCAAUCGAUCUUAUUGGAUUUAACUAAUCGUGCUUAUGCUUUUCAAUAUAUGCAUGUCAAUGUAACGGAAACGCCAAUUAUUCCAUAUGAAGUUGAGAGAUACUACGUAUAUGGAAGUAACAAAGCAAAAGUAUCAUUAGUUGGAGAUGUGGUUGGUCCAAUUUUCCCUACAAUGCCUGUAAAUUCCUCGACACUUAUAAACUUACCAAUGGAAUCAGCUGAGCAGAACAUGUUCAGUUUUGCUGCUAAUCUUUACACUGUCAUGUACAUGAGAUUGAUUAAUCAACGUAAUCGAAACACAGAAAAGGAAGCUUUUAAGCAUUUGAAUAUCGGUUAUCAACGUCAAAUGAGUUACUUAAUGCCUGAUGGAUCAUUCUCACUUUUCCGUUCUGAUUGGAAUCAAUCAGCAAGUUCAGUUUGGCUUACAGCAUUUUGUGCUAGAACAUUCCAAGAUGCUUCUUUCUAUGAAUGGGAAAAUUUCAUCUACAUUGAUCCAAAAGUAAUGGAAAGGAACGUCGCUUGGCUAUUGAGACAUCAACUACCUGAAGGUUCAUUCUAUGAAGUCACGUGGUCACCAGAUAGAAAAGUCAAUGACUCGUCAAAUUAUAACACAAGAUACUUUACAAAUGCAAACAACUACAAUAUAUCGUUAACUGCUCAUGUCUUAAUCACUCUGACAACCAUGAAAGAUUUAGCGGGAACACUUGGAUCAAAAAUAGCACUUUCGCAGCAGCGUGCUGUCAUGUAUUUAGAUCAGAAACUGCUUUAUCUUAAAGACUUUGGUACACCGUAUGAAGUAGCAAUUGUUGCUUAUGCUUUAAUGUUGGCUAAAGCUCCAAAAGCUGAAUUUGCUUUUAACCUGCUCACAAAUAUUCGUCAAUUUACUGGAGAAUUUUCAUAUUGGGGAAAUGAGCCGCUUCCUUUACCGCCGACGAAACUUGAAAACCAAAAAUAUUUCUCACUACCUCGACUGCCAUACGAAUUUGACUCUCUAAAUAUAGAAACAACAGCUUUUGCACUUCUUACUUAUGUCUCACGUCAAGAAAUUAUGAUGGAUUCCAUUGUUACUUGGUUAAAUGCACAACGUCUGACUGAUGGAGGAUGGGCUUCAACACAAGAUACUGCAAUCGCAAUGAAAGCUUUAAUUGAGUACACUAUACGAACUCGUAUUCGUGACGUAUCAUCUUUGUCAAUUACACUCGAGGCAACAUCACUUCCAGGUCAAACGAAGCUACUCGAAAUUCAUGAUCGUAACAUCGCUAAUUUACAGAGUAUAGAAAUCCCGAAUGCUUGGGGUACAGUAAAAGUACAAGCUAAAGGUGCCGGUUUUGCAAUCUUACAAAUGACUGUUCAAUAUAAUGUUGAUAUGGAAAAAUAUCAAACUCCACCGCCAGUCAGGUGCUUCGAUUUACAUACAAAAGCUAUCUUUCACGGCAGGAAUCAGUCGCACAUUAAUUACCUCAGUUGUGCAAGUUGGACGAAUGCAAAUGAGUCUGAAAGAUCAGGAAUGGCUGUUUUGGAUGUCACUAUUCCUACCGGUUACAUCAUUCAACAGCAGAAACUGGAUGCAUAUAUUUUGACAAAACGUGUACGCAAUUUACAAAGAGCCAAGUUCGCUGAGAAGAAAGUCAUGUUCUACUUCGACUAUCUUGACGACGAACCAACCUGUGUAAAUUUCACAGUCGAAAGAUGGCUUCCGGUUGCUAACAUGUCUAGGUAUUUACCUAUUCGUGUUUAUGACUAUUAUGCUCCAGAACGCUUUAAUGAAACGAUAUUUGACUCACUGCCUACAUACUUAUUGAAUAUUUGUGAAGUGUGCGGUAGUUCACAAUGUCCAUAUUGUUCAAUAUACAAUACAGCUAUAAGAUCACCAAUCUCAUUCGUACUAAUAUUGACAUCAGCACUUGCUGUUAUAUUCAGACAUUAUAGAAUAACCAAUGAUAUUAAUUGGAUUCCACCUUGGAAUAUUUGGCCAGCUUAUUAGAUCGUUAACUUGUUCACUUAUUACUUGGAUUAAGGUUUCAUCCUAAAAUUGAU